CCGCCCCCGCUGCCGCAACCACCUGCCACGUCGGAUCCCUAUCACCACCAGCAGCAACAGCAGCAGCCGAGGCCACAGUGGUACCCCAAUCAGUACCAGUACCCAGCACCUCCACCACCAGCACCUUACGCCGAGCAUCUCCCUCCCCCGGGCUCUUAUCCUCAGCCCCCUCACCCUUAUCCUGCGCAUCCCCCGAAUCACGCCCACUUCCCUCCUCCCCCUCCCCCUCCUCCUCAUCAAUCUCACCCUCACCUGCCUCCCCCUCCGCCCCGCCCUCCUCCCCAUUCUUAUCCUCAACACACCCAGGAGUGGGGAGCCGCUCCUCCGAGUUGGCCGAAUUACGCAGCCCAAAAUAAUCAAGAUUGGGAAGCCAAGGCUAAGGCAUGGGCAGAUGCCAGAACGGCAAUGGAGAAUCAACAUCAACAGGUGCAGUUUCCACCGGUGGGGAGAUUAGAAGAACAACGUCAUUAUCACGAACAAUAUCCCCACAAUGGUGACCUGCAUUAUUCUGGAAGUCACCAUCAGUCAUUUUCUACAUCUAGCUAUCAACAGGUUCCAGUUUCAGGCGCUCCAACACACUACCCACCGGGAAUUCAUUCCCAGGAGACUUCAUCUAUUGGCUCCGAACUAUCUUCUUAUGCUCAUCACACUGUUGGAGAUGGAACGCCAGCUGGGGACUCGAUUGCUGUGUUUCACCAUCAAGGAAGCCUAUCUACAAGUCCAUCUGUCCAUCAGCAGGAGGUACCUUAUAGUUAUUCUUCUGUUACAGGCAAUGAAGGGACUGCAGCUCAAGAAGGACAACAUCACAUGCAGCCAUCGCAGCCCUUUCCUUUUGCCUAUGACAGUCAGUCUGCUGAUCCAACAACCAAUGUUGCUGACCAGCCUUUGGAAUUUGCACCCGGGUUUAGCUCUGAUCAUGGUCCACACAUGCAGUCGAGCUAUGCUUAUCCUGAUUCACAUGGAACAAUAAGAGGUGUCGACCCAGCGACCACAGCACCCUCCAUGAAUACCUGGCCUAGUUCUGUUGCACCUGGUGUAGGUUAUCCUCAUAAUGUUCCAGUUCCAUCAGGACUACAGCAUGAUCCCUCUAAUGCAAUACCCUCUCCUGUUCCUGGGCAUGCUCCACAUUCGUUUGGAAGUUUCCCAUCUGCUGCAAUGCCCUUUGCUCUCACUGCAGGAACCACAGUUCACCCUACUGCAGCCUUCCCUGGUGAUGCAUAUGGAGUUUCCACAGUUACUGAGCGCCCCAAAAAGGCUCCAGUGCCUAGUUGGCUUAGAGAUGAAAUUAAGAAAGCAGUCAUCACAAGUACGUCUAUGGGCCAUCCUAAGGAGGAAACUCAAUCUGUUGAGGAUGAAGGUUUUGAUAGAUCUUCUGCGAAGGGUGACCAAGCAGACAGCAAGAGCAUCGAUUCUUCUAGAUCAACAGAAGAAGAGGAUGAUGAGGAUCAAGUGGAUGCUGCUAGGACUGCAGCAAUUAACCAGGAAAUAAAGUGUAUCCUAACUGAAGUUUUCCUGAAGGUUACUGAUGAGCUGUUUGAUGAAAUUGCUACAAAAGUUCUUACUGAAGAUGAUCUGACAGUUGAAGUUGAACAGAGCACACUCACUUCAAAUCAUAAGGUGUUGCCAUCUCUGCCAGCAGUUACAGCUCCCAAGGCUUCUGCAAAAGUUCUAAUUGCGGCCAAGUCUAAGGAACAUGAGACUGAAGAUGUCAAAUCCAGUCCUACUUUACCUGGUGAUGUAUUGGGUCUUGCAGAUUAUGCUACAGAUGACGAGGAUGAAGAUAGUGAUAUUCAAAGUUCUGGUAUGCCAAAUUCUGGGAAAGAUGCUAUGCUGCAGCAGUCAACUGUCAAAAAGCCUUCCAAUGAUAGGCUUGAUGCCACUGUAAAUGGCCGUUCUUCUGUAGAGCUUCAGGAGCAUAGUAAAAGUCAGACAAUUUUGGAGAGCGGACGGGGUAAAACCAGUUCACUUGAGUCCUAUAAUAGACACAAGGAUGAUGAUAGUAAUGGUGAUAGAAAUCUGCCAGAUGGAACUACUGCCUCUAGGUUGAAGGAUACCGUAGGAAUAUUCAAACCUGAACUACCUAAAGAAAAUGUCAAUGUGAAAACCACAUCAAAAGAUGACCCACAAGUUACGGAGUCCAGGAUGAAACCUGAUAAGCAUGAUCGAGACGAGAAUAAAAAGAGUUCUGUGAAAGACAUCAAUAAGGAGGUAGAAAGUGGUAAGAUUAGGACAGAUGAUAAGGGUGAUGAGAAUCGUAAGGGGCAGUAUCCUAGAAAGGAAAGGGCAGAUGAUCGGAAUGGCUCAAAAGAAAAGGUGAAAGAGCAAAAUGUAAAGGAAUCUGAGUCAAGAAAAAGGUCUUCCCAUGCUGAUGCCAAGGAGGGUAGAAGAGAAACAGAGCGACUCCAUAGGGCAAGUGGUAAAGAAGAUAAGGAAAGGAAAAGAGAACGGACAAAGGAUAAGGAGGGUGAUAGAUCAAGACACAAACAUUCUACUGACUCAAGCAGGCACAAGAGAAGGCGCUCCUCUUCUGUUGGCAGUAGAGGAAGAAACAGCAAGGAUGAUUCAAGCGAUGAAGCUUCUGAUGAUUCUAAAAGGAAGCGGCAUUCAAGGAGACGUAACUUAUCACCAUCACCUGUCAGGUCUAGGAGAAGACAAGUUUCGCGGUCUCCACAUAGCAAGCAUUCUCAGCGCAGGCAUUCUCCUUAUUCUUCUCUUGAGACGAGCAGGUAUGUAUGUUGCCAUGAAAUCUUUGUUGUGUAUUGUUUUUCAGACAUAUACAGCUCUAUCAAUAAGCAACAACUCAGCGAAACGACGCCGCAGGCUUUGGGGCCUGAUAUCGUUGACUCUGAUGAGUUCCAGAUUCAAAGAAGCACAUCAAAAUCAAAUGGAGAAAAAGGUGGCUUAGAUUGGAAUCUGACGUGCGGAAUACGACAAGUCGCACAACUCACAUGGAUCCCUCACGGCCUUUGUCCUUGGUGCGAGCGACGCUGCCUGCCCGACUGGUGCGUUCGUUACUCUCCCACCUCUCCUCUCUCUCUCUAUCUCUCUCUCUCCCCUCUUCUUCUUCUUCUUCUUCUUCUUCAGUUAAAGUUCCAUUCUCUCUCUCUCUCUCUCUCUCUCUCUCUCUCUCUCUACAUUUAUAUUCAGCUCAGCUCGCGAUUCAUACAAGCAAAACAAAAUCAUCAUUUUCUUACGUUGUUGUCGACAACUCCACGUCGAAUGAAGGCAUUUCAAGCUGGAGUAGGGAGUUUAUGGUCGAUUUGGCUAACUGGGUUGGGGCUAAUUGCCCUCUCCCUGUAUGCCACUCAAUGCUUUCCUUCCCUUAAGGAUCAGAUCACGAGGCCCCAGCUCGGUCAACGGGCUGGCGGCGGUUUGGACACACCCAGGAUUACUAUAUUCUCGGCGCCUGCGCCUUUUGCUGGUUCUGUUGGGGGUAGGCAGAGUUUGGCUGUUCGCUCGUGGCUUGCAUUGUCUCCACAGAUUACAGUUGUGCUCUUCAGCAGCGACCCUUCUGUUGUUUCCUUUGCCGGAGCGUUUGGUUUGCGGGUUUUGGUCGAUCCUAACAUCGAUUUCACGUUCCUUGGUACACCAUUUUUUCAUUCGAUGAUGGCAAGAUCACAGUCCUUUUCAACAGACAUUUCUGUUCUGGUUGAUCCUGAAACCAUUGUUUUACCUGACUUCAUUUCCACCCUGAACUAUGCUUACACACUUGACCGAGAUUGGCUUCUAGUUGCUUCAUCACGAAAUGCGUCCUACUUCCCAUUCUACUUGGACGAGGAUGGAAAAAAUUGGCAAAGAGAGGGUGGCAAAUUGAUGGGAACACAAGAGUUGCAGGAGAUUUUUGGUCAGAGUUGGCAAUGGACUCCUUGUGAAGGGAAGUUGCUUAUGGCAUGGAAUAACGGAGAUACGCCACUACAUUCAGGGGUCCUUCCUCCUUUCUUAUACGGUAGAGGGGUGCACAACAGUUGGAUCGUUAAUGAGGCCUUGUCGUCUGAACUGAGGUUUGUAUUUGAUACCAGUUGGACAGUCUCAAGCUGCUAUCUGAUUGAUCAGGACCGUCAGAUUAGCUGGCCUGUUGGAGCUUCCAAUGCUUCAAAUCUUGAAAGAAACUGGGAAUAUGCUGGAAAUUCUCACCUUGGGGUACUAUAUGGAUCAUUUUCUCAUCAUGAAACUAACUAUUCUAGCCUAGCAAAGCUUUUGAAGUGUGACGGGCAAUAUACUUUCGUAAACACAGCAGAAAACAUUGUUUGUCCAAUGGAAUACCAAAGUGCAGGGGGAUUACGAAAAGGAAGGAUAUUGCGUUCCUGGUGGAAGAAGAAAACUUUGGGUUUGGUUGACGGUGUUAAAUCACUAGGCUGGUUGUCAGAUUGCAAUCUGAUGGUUCCACUAAAGCGUUCGAAACUAUUAGACCUUCCGUUCUCCUUGGAGACACUACUACCAUUAAAUGCAGACAAAAAUAACACAAUUGUGCUUGCUGCUGCUGGAUAUAGUUACAAGGACAUGCUCAUGAGCUGGGUGUGCAGAUUGCGCCAACUGCAGAUCACAAAUUUUAUCAUUUGUGCCCUCGACAAGGAAAUAUAUGAGUUUGCUGUCUUGCAGGGCCUCCCUGUUUUCAGGGAUCCAUUAGCUCCGAGUGAGAUCAGCAGCGAUUGCCACUUUGGAACAAAAUGCUUUCAAAAGGUGACCAAAGUGAAGUCCCGAAUGGUUUUGAAGAUACUGACGCUGGGUUACAACGUGCUUCUUAGCGACGUGGAUGUUUAUUGGUUUGGAAAUCCGCUGCCAUUGCUCUACUCCUUUGGCCCUGCUAUUCUUGCAGCACAGUCCGAUGAAUUCAACAAAACAGGACCAAUCAACGUACCUAGGCGCUUGAACUCUGGCUUUUACUUUGCCCGUUCUGAUAGUUCAACAAUCAAUGCUAUGAGGAAGGUGGUGGCACAUGCAGCAACUUCGGGUCUAUCUGAGCAGCCAAGCUUCUAUGACACGCUAUGUGGAGAAGGGGGUUCCAAUCGUGUGGGUGACGAUAGAUGCUUGGAACCUGAAACAAAUCUGACUGUCCAUUUCUUGGAUAGAGAUCUCUUCCCAAAUGGUGCAUAUCUGGAGCUGUGGCAGAGGAAAAACGUGAGGGCAGCCUGUGCGAAGCAGGGUUGUUUAGUUCUCCAUAACAACUGGAUCAGCGGGAGACUGAAGAAGUUAGAAAGGCAGGUUUUAUCAGGCCUAUGGGAAUAUGAUACCAGCACAAGGAUGUGCCGGCGCGAGUUCAACUUAGCAAACAAAGUUUAAUUCCUAAUUGGUGGUUUAUUAUAUUCAUUAGCAUCUGCUUUGGUUUUCAACUUUUCACAUCCGACAGUGACAACAAAAUUGUUCCCCAUAUUUUACAACUAUGGGAGCCUUGGUUUCAUCACAGCUUCUUGUGGAAGAGAAUAUUAUAUGAAGGAAAGCCGGCCACGAAAAACCAGAAACCAGGAACUAUGCAGUGUGGCCAAUGCUCAAUAAUAUCAAGGCAAUAUAAUGCUCACACUUUCCACCGAUGGACCAUGCUAAAGCGUUUUGAUCGGGCUACUUUUAACUGCGGCUAUGCUGAAGUGGUGCCUCCAGUUGUUAGGCCUAGGCCGGAAUCCUGGCAGAAAUCAGUUGACAGGACCUUCCGUGGAUGACAAAUCCAAAAGAAAGGAAGUAGAUGCUGCUUCCAUAUCAUUAGACUUGAGCAUGCAGUCGAAGGAUAUUUUCGUGAGGAUAGUUCAUGCAGGCGGUCGAGAGGAGCUGUACCAGAAUGUAGUUCCUGCAUCUCAGUUGAUGGAAAAGUAUCCUGGUUUGUGCGUCGCCCGCCCAGAAGUGUUCAAAAAUCCGCAUGAGGCCCUUCUACGGCCAGAUGAAAUUCUGUUGAUUGGUAACAAGUAUUAUAUGAUCCCAUGUACAACAGCGCAGAAAAUUAAGAAAAAACACCAAAACAAAUUGCAGGCCAAAGAAGCUGCUGAAGGAAAGGCUGAGGCUCCGGAUGGGAAGAUCACCGUGGAUUCAGGAGGUUCCGACACAGAUGAUUCUGUUUGCUCCGAUAAAGAAUAUUAUGUCUCCAAGGAAAGAUGGUCAAAAUGUUUACAGAGAAAAGGUUUCAGAGGAAAGAAGCCUUUUGUUCCCCCACUUCCGAGGACAAGAUCAUGUAGAGGAAUAAAUUGGGAGCCAAGUCUCACUUCUGUGCAAGAGCUUUCUCCAUGAUUUUCUGUAUGCUGUUAACCUGGCGUUCGGAUUCUGCUGCGUGGUUAUAUUGCUACUGCAAGUAUGUUUUUGGUUCCAUGAAAAUUCUGAGAGAGAUUUAUCAAAAAAUUUAUACAACGUAAUAAGUAAUGUACCGUUUUCCAGCAAUAUAUUCUAUUUUCUAUAUCA